CGGAGCUUUGAAUAGGGAAGUUUUGCAGGGGUUACGUUUGCAGUCAGUCCGGUGUUUGCAAAUAUUGUGUGGGCUCGCGAGCGAGUCUCCGGGCUCCGGUAGGAUCCGAACCCGCGGCGCCUAAUCGCUGCCCACUGAGUUUGCAUGAACUUCCCCGGCGCUGCAGGCACGGCUGCUGCGCUCCCGACUCCAGACCGCACACCUCCCUGUUUUUACAACAGCAGUGACUGUCUUUUCCAACCCGACAUGGAUGUGCUCCCAAUGUGCAGCAUCUUCCAGGAACUCCAGAUUGUGCACGAGACUGGUUACUUCUCGGCGCUGCCCUCCCUGGAGGAAUAUUGGCAACAGACCUGCCUGGAGUUGGAACGUUACCUCCAGAGCGAACCCUGCUAUGUGUCAGCCUCCGAAAUCAAAUUUGACAGCCAGGAAGAUCUGUGGACCAAAAUCAUCCUGGCUCGGGAGAAAAAGGAGGACUCGGACCUGAAGAUGUCCUCCAGUCCCCCUGAGGAUGCACUCAACAGCCCCGGCUUUGGCUACAACCUGGAGACCAACAGCCUGAACUCGGACGUGAGCAGCGAAUCCUCCGACAGCUCCGAGGAGCUCUCUCCCACCACCAAGUUUACCUCUGACCCCAUCGGCGAAGUUUUAGUCAAUUCGGGGAACCUGAGCUCCUCCGUCACCUCCACACCCCCUUCCUCCCCAGAACUGAGCAGGGAGCCGUCCCACCUGUGGGGCUGCAUGCCGGGUGAGCUGCACCCUCCCGGGAAGGCGCGCAGUGGGACUGCGGGGAAGCCCGGCGACAAGGGCAGCGGAGACGCCUCCCCAGACGGCCGCAGGAGGGUGCAUCGGUGCCACUUUAACGGCUGCAGAAAAGUUUACACCAAAAGCUCCCACUUGAAAGCACAUCAGCGCACCCACACAGGAGAAAAGCCUUACAGAUGCUCAUGGGAAGGUUGUGAGUGGCGUUUUGCAAGAAGCGAUGAGUUAACGAGACACUUCAGAAAGCACACUGGUGCCAAGCCUUUUAAAUGUUCUCACUGUGACAGGUGUUUCUCCAGGUCCGACCACCUGGCCCUGCACAUGAAGAGGCACCUCUGAAGGGGCAGAGCGUCGACUCCUGCGGGCUAAAAAGGCUUCCAGGCUGAGACGGCCGUGGAAGGAGGAUGCGUGUUCCAGCCAAAGCCAUUUUGCACCCUACCCGGUCGCCUCCAGGACCUACUGGGAAGGUCUUUCGAGGGCGAAAAAAGUCAUGUCCGAAGCGGCAGAGCACCCGGGGUGUGUGGUGUUUGGGUGGCCCUGGCCUCGCCACUGGUACCUAUCCUCUGAGUGGUCCCUAAGCCUUUGCCGUGAGCAUGUGCACUGAGAAUGUUAGUGGUGGGUGGGCUGUAUGUGGAGGGUCUCCUACGGACUGUGUGACGAGACAGAGUCCUUUCCCUUGCGAGGCUGCAAGAGACAGAAAAAAACAUAGUUUGAAUGUUUUGUGUGUGAGGCGUGUUCCAUGAGAUGAGAUGGCCACCAAUCAUUUCCCGGGGCGGGGUGGGGGGCGGGUGUAGGUAGAGUCUGCGCCUUAGUGGAAAAAAAAGAAAAGAAAAGAAAAAAAGAAGGGAAAUGUGGAGGGCAGGCGUGGGCGGUCAGGACCCGGGAGUGGCGAGUGGGUGUAGGGAGGGGAGCCCCUUUCCCUCUAGCGUGUGGCGAGAACUUUCGGUGUCUGGUUCAGCUGUGUGAAGUGAGUAGCUUCUGCUACUCUCUGAGACAGAGUUCAUUUGUUACCCAUUGUAUAAGCUGUGUAUCUACAAAUAUAAUACAUUGAUAACUUUUCCUUCUAAGACAAAAGUAAUGCAUGGUCUGGGGAAUUAUCUGCUUUUCCAUUUUUAAAUCAGGACUACAGUUUUGAUUCCAGUUCACUGAGCAGCUAAGAUACAAUUGGUUGAAUUCGGUGACCCCCUAGCCAUCUGGGCCUGGCAAUACACAAUCCUUCCCCCCUUCGAUUUCAUAACACUCCCCUUCCAGAGAGGCAUUGUGCAGCAUAGGACUAUUUUGUGAAUGGUUCGAAUUUGAAUUACCUUUUUGGAGAAUUUCGUGAUGCCCUUGAAAGAUGUUGGACACGAGUUGGGUGUCCAGGACACUAGGGCUGGGAAUUGCUGGUCUAAUGUCUCAUUAGACUCAGAACCUAAAGUUUUUCUCAGUUGGGUGGAUAAAACCACUAAAGCUUAGAAACUGUUUUCUCAUGCAGCUAAGUUUCUCUUAUUUAUGCCUUGAGGACUAAUUUCUGGUUUUCUAGCUGUUAAUGCACUGUAGAUCUUAACAAUGGUGCCUUACGCAAGUGGCCCCUUAUGUAGGGGUCUCGUACAGGGGUAUGGGUGAUGCAUGCUUUAUUAAGGCUCUUUUUUCACCUGGCUUUGUACUGUAUCAAUAUAUAAUACAGAAAAAAAAUCUCUUUAAGGUCCUCCUUCACAAAGUCAAAUAGAUGAAAACCCCCCAAACAAGUCAGUAUUUACUCAGUAGUUUAGACAACUUGACUGUCAGUGUUAAAGUGGAAAACACGUGAUAAUUGGAAAAUCAGACCAUUUCUGCCACCGUGAGACUUCCGUAUAGACUUUGCACAACAGUUGUACAGAUCAUACACCGGCUGUGUUUAAUAUGUAAUAUUUUCACACGUAUUAAAGAUACAGAAGUAUAAAAAACAAUGUAUUUGCUUAAAAGGCACAAGUUUCUCGCGUAUCUAUCUAGCUAUCUGUUGGUAACACAGAAAGUAUAUUACCUUUUUUUUUAAAGUGGGCGAAAUUCUUGUGUAUGUAUAUUUGUGUGUAUAGUAUGUGUAUGUGUGUAUGUGUGUGUAUAUAUAUAUAUAUACAUAUAUAUAGAUAAUAUAUACAUAUUUUUUUAAGGAGAAAUUAGAAUGUCUAGCUAGAAAAUUCCACAGCCUGUGAAGACAUAUUUCAAAAUGGCCACAAAGGAGGUAAACAUGAGAACUCUAACUUUUAUAAAGGCUUUCCCUUUAAUUUAACAAUUUGCCACAGGCUCUUGGCAUCAAAUCUCUUCCAGAUUGCCAACUCGCUCAUCAUAAUCGGCAGGUCUGGGAUAGGGUACCUUCACCAUUCAAAACUGGCAUGAACGGAAUACUAGGCCGCUCGUUGGUCUCAGACACACUAAGGUUUUGAUUUUGAAUGUCAGCUUUACUGAAGAUCGAGCCUAAGAGUAAGCUAAUCACAGGGAUUCUUUUUUAGAGCACUUUUUAUGCAGAUGAAGCUAUUUUUUUCCAGCACAUAGAUUCUUCCAGUUUUCCAAUGAGUAAUUUCCCUGAAUUGGCACACCGCAGCAUGGACAGCUGAUCCCCCAUCCAGCUGCUGGCUCAUGGGUGUGGAUCUUUCCUUUAUAUAUAUUUAUAUAUAUAUAUACACACAUAUGAGUCUGGCUGGGCUGGUAUUUUGUUUGGAUCUUCCUAGAGAUGAGCAAUGGUGAAAGCUCACAUAACUGGUUUUUUUUGUUUUUUGUUUUUUUUAAUCUGGGCUGAUGGAUACACUUACCUAAAGAACUCAUUUCAUAUUGCUGAGGGGGGAAAUGCACUUUUCUUUUGGCAAUUCUAAAUCCAGGCACUUGAUUUGCUGGAUUUUGGAAAACUCCUUUUUUGGCCCUGCUGUGUGCUUAGCCAUAACAAUUCCAUUCAGCAAGAAGGUAAACAAAAGACAAAAAAAAAACUUGCACUGGCUUGUCUCACUUAUGAAACACCAUGGAGUGGUUUGAUUGGGUGGGGCUGGGUGCCACAUAUGUCAAUGCCUGUAAUUUUCAUAAUAAGCAAGUACAUAAAGAAUUACAUUCUGUUCAGGUGAUAACUGAGCCUCAAUCAAGCAGAAACUUUUUGCUUGACAUUAAAAAAAAAAUUUCUAUUAGUGAAAUUUCUUUUUUUUUUUUGAAGCACCCUGUUAUCUAAAAAAAUCUUUGUAAGAUUUUUGUAAAAUUUUGUUUUACAAGAUUUUAUUUGAAAUUGUUUUUUGCAAGAUUGUUAUAUUUCUGUAUGAAUGUAUUUUUUAUUGGAAUAACAUAAAAGAAUUCUUAUCAGCA